UGUUUAUUACAUUGCCACCUCCCAUUAGGUAUUCGUGGAUUGUUAAGGAAGGAUAUUUCUAAUACCUUAAUUGAGUUUAGUGCCUACUUUAGAGAAUUAUGCUCAAAAUCAUUAAGAAUGAGUGAUUUGGAACGACUUGAAAACUCAAUUGCAUUGACUUUGUGCAAACUUGAGAGAAUAUUUCCUCCCACAUUCUUUGAUAUAAUGGUUCACCUAUCAAUUCAUCUCGCAACUGAGGCGAAAAUUGCUGGCCCUGUCCAAUAUAUAUGGAUGUACCCAUUUGAAAGGUACUUGCGCACGCUCAAAUCAUAUGUUCGUAAUAAGGCUCGUCCAGAAGGAUCUAUAGCAGAAGGAAUAAUUGCACAAGAAUGUGUAACUUUUUGUUCCAAAUACCUGCAUGAUGUUGAAACACGAUUGAAUCGUGUCGGAAGAAACUAUGAGGGUGAUCUAACACAGAAAAGCUCCAGUUUAGCAAUUUUUUCCCAAUGUGGUCUCCCUUUAGGUAAUUCCAAAACUGAGCAAUUAGCUAUCUCGGAUUGGAACCGGACAACUAUGUGUGUUCUCCAAAAUUGUGAAGAAGUUUCACCUUAUGUUAGGGAACAUAUUAAAGAGAUUGAAAGCAAGUACGAUAGUGAUGUGGAGCUGCGGCACGAAGAACAAUUUCUUGGCUGGUUUCAAGCUAAAAUAGCGGAGAUGUUUGAUAACCAAGAUAAAAUAGUGUCACAAGAGCUAUUACACCUUGCUCGAGGUCCAGAUAAACGGGUGGAUAAGUAUACUGGAUAUUUAAUUAAUGGAUUCAGAUUUCACACAAAGGAGCAUGAAAAAUAUUUGAAAACACAAAAUAGUGGGGUGUUUGUUCGGGGAGAUGAUGGCCUAAGCAACAAGGAAUACUAUGGGUUAGUUUUAGAUAUCAUUGAACUCCAAUACCAAGGAUCAAAGAAAAUAGCUUUAUUUAAAUGUCAUUGGUGGGAUGUGUACAAUUGUGGCCGGGGAUAUAAGGAGGAUGAAAAUGGGUUUUUCUUAGUUAAUGUCGAUCGUGAGUUGGCCACUAAUACAACUGAUCCAUAUAUCUUGGCAUCACAAGCUCAACAAGUAUAUUAUGGCAAAGACAUAAUAGAUCCUAAAUUGUUGGUUGUUGUCAAGACACAACCUCGAGACCUUUAUGAUGUGCCUACAAUAGAAAGAAGUGCAAAUGAUCAAGAAGAGUCAACAUCAACACCAAUUCAAGAAAAUGAGAACAUAGGUGAUUUCUAUAGAAUUGAUGGUGAUAAAGAUCACGAUGAUUUAUGUACUGUUGAGUUGGCUAGAGCUAAUGUAGAAAAGAUUGUAUUUGAUCUAAGUGAGCUCAAUAUCAAUGUAGAAAGAAACGAAGAUGACCUCUUAAACUGUAAUGAUGAUGACAAUGAUUCCUUUGCGAAUAAAACUUGAGCCACCUUACUCUUAGGUAAUGAUUUAUUAUUUGUUCGUCU